UCCAGUGCCAGUCUGCUAUCAGUUGUCGAAGGAAAAGCAGUGUGUCAGAGCAGGGCGUAUGUGCCGAGGGUGACAAGUGUCAGAGUGUGUUUCAAGUGGUGAUCGUCCUCCUUCUUCUUCUUCUGUAUAUUCGACUCUGUCCAUUCCUAGUCUCGGAACCCUGAAACUGGUCGACGAAGAUAACCAAAACAUGCAUGAGUCAUGCGGUUCCACAUCGCCUUUAUCAAAAUCGUCCUCGUCCCCAUCGUCGUUCUCGUCAAUCAGUGCAGGAUCGCGGACGCAAUCUGUCAAAGGACGGAAUGCUCCUGCGUCCCUCGUGGACCCUCUGGAGUCGCCGCUGCUUGCCUAUUCCGCCCGAGACAAAUGGUGGAGAUGAACGUAGGCGACUUCCCCUCGAAUUUGGUCUCGAUCGAAAUGUCCGGAGGCAGGGAGUUGAGGUUCGGCACGGAGGUCUUCACGAACCACCCGAUCCUUCAGAACGUGAAGGUGAUCGGUGUGCCCAAGGUGUUCGUGAGGGAGCAUUCCUUCGCCAAUAUGACGACGCGCUCCUUGGUCGCGUUCGAAUUCAGCAACGCGGCCAGCCUCAUACUCGAAGGUAGGAGUUGGAAGAAUAUCGCCGGCCCCAUGUCUUGCCUGGUGUCGAGGGUGGAACAAGUGAUUAUCCAAGGACAGGCUUUCGCACGUCUAGUCAACUUCACAGCGAUUGAUGUCCUUAAGCUGGAACUUUUGGAAAAGGCGUUCUGGUUCGAGAGGCCGCAGAUCUUCGACGUCGAUUCGGAAGUUCGAUCUGAUAUAACUCUAGAAAGGGUGAAAAUGGAGAAUCUUGCCUAUAUGACGUUUCAUUCGCCUAUGAACAUAGUUAGAAUUAUAGGUAGCGAAAUAAAAAAAGUUAAGUCCGAAGCCUUCUCGACACUGUACAUUGAAAAAGUAGUCGUCGAGAAUACUACACUUCAUAGACUAGAAUCUGCUGCGUUCUCAGGACAGACGCUUAUACAGACCCUGGAGUUCAAAAACGUCAGCAUACACGAAUUUUCAUCCGGCGCUUUUCUUUCUGGUCUCAGCAAUCUCGUGAUCACACGUUCCAAGAUGGGAGUGGUGUAUCCUGGCGCUGUGAACGUGACGCUGGCUACGGCGACAAUAACAGACAAUAUGUUCAGCAGGGUUCAUAGUAAAGGAGUCGUCUUAAAGCAGUGGAGCAGUUUGACCAUCAGCAACAAUACGUUCAAAAAAGUCGAAUCGGAAGCGUUCAUAACUCCUUCAAACGGGCCGAAGGCGUUUUUAGUCGGGGACGAAUCGCUGAAAACGCCAGAGUUCAACUUCACGGGAAACAUCCUGUUCCACAUCAGUGAAUCGGCUUUCGAUUUUUCUCUCAACUCCGAGCACGUUGUGAACAUCGAGAACAAUUUCUUCCAGUUCAAAUGCGACUGUGAAAUGUCGAUUUCAGCAGGCGGGAUAAUGGUGGGCGUCCUGUCGGAAGUGUACGACACGGGAUUGUGCUGGAUAGAUACGACGUUGUCGAGAUGCUUGCAACUCCCAGAGGGCUUCGCGAACAUGCGAAACUUCACUGAAGGGAUAUGCAAGAGCCGCGAGAGCCUCCAUUGCGAAGAGGUGCAGCAUGAUGCGGCAGUGCCGCCUCAGGUGACGAGCAUCAUCUCGGCCGUCGAUAAAGGGAUGAUAGACAACCUAGAAGCGGAGCGCGAAAGGAGAAUCAUCGGUUCGAUUUUCGCGAUCGCCGUCGUAGGCAUGCUCGUCGUCAUGAUAUUAUCGGUUUUGACAUGGAUCGGAAGAAAAGGCUACUGUACUAAAGCCAGAAGGUACCUUUUGCCGUCCACCAAUUCGUUAGUCGCCGGCUUGACUAGGAUGUUUUCCAGCGGGGGAGUGACUCCGGCAGCAUCGAUCUCCAGGCUAUCCGUCCACGAAUACGCGGAACUGCAAAGGAAGAUGGAAGAAGGCAAGGCGCCGUCGGAAGAACCCGAAGUACCACAGGAAGACAAAGCGACCCAAACGCUGCCGGAAGAGCUGACCCAGGAACUCCUCCAGUCUCUUAAAGAGAAGUUGAACGACCCGGAGAACUACAGCGAGGCAAGGGACAUGAUCGAACACUUGUACGAUCUGAUAAAAGUCGAGGAGAACUGCAACAGAAAUCUCAGGGAAUCAGUCUCGAUGGAGAGGGAAAACGAUAAAGACAACGUUUACGAUGUCAUUCGGCCAAAAAGGUCCGUAAGGGCUAAAAAGGAAGUGGUGAGCAUCGGUACCAGAGCCCCUUCUCCGGACAAACUCCAACCAUACACGAAAAGGAGUGCGACGCUCGUAACCGACUACAUGGAACCGAGGGAUCGGAAGGUCCAUACCUAUUCCGAACUCCCUCCUAGGCCCGAUCUCCUCCCGACGGCCGCGGACCCCAUCGGGAUACCGGCGACUCUCCAUCACGUCUACGUCGAGCUUCCCACUUCCAUGGCGAAUCGUCCUCUACCGGCCGAGCCUACACAACUGUGAUAUCAUCUUUAAAAAACACAAAACUUGCCUUCUAAAGAAAACAUCUGCCUUAAACUAUAAGGGUAGCGGACAAUUGAUUGUGUGAUAAUACUGUCUAUUGCUAUUUUUUUUUUUUUUUGGGUCACACCCAACUUAUUAUUCAAAAUUGUAUAUAAUUUAAAAAGUGAUAUUUUA